UCGUAGAUAAAUUUUUUUGUAAGUUGAGCCAAACACUCAUUGGUAUAUUAGUUUGAAAUACUAAAAUGCUUGAUGGUGUAGAAAUUUGGAUACUUCAUCGAAAAAUUUAUUUAAUCUUUUUUUUUAUUAAUUUUAUCUUUGUUUUGGGAAGCUCAUUUUCCCAGCUGUUUCUCCUGUUGCUAAAAUUAAAGAACAUUCAAUGAAGAAGAGAGAGGGAUACCAUAUAUGACUCUUGCUGUGCUUCUGUAAUCAAACCAUUCUUUUCACGUCUUCAACCAAAUAGCAUCCCCCUUUCGCCACUUUCCCCCUUCGUUUGUUGAACCCUAAACCUCAAAAUGGGUUUAUCUUUUUCUUUAACAUAAAACAAAAAAGAAAAAGAGAAAAUUCGUACCAAAUUCAACUUCAACUUUCCGGGAAAAGAAAAAAAAGUAAUAAAGUAUUCUUCCCGGAAAAUUUGCAAUUCAGGUAGAUGCAAACGUCGCGUCGUUUCGUUUCUCGCCUCCUUGGCUCCGCCAAACACUCUUCUUCAUCCCUCAUUGUCAACUCAUCCUUUAGCAAUCUCUGCCAGUUAGAUUUUUUAGGCCCACAAAAUCAGGGAUUUUUUCAAUUUAACCCCUAUACAACAAUUGCUAGACAAGUCAGAGUUUCGAAACAUUUCGUUCUGCUGGGUGGUUUUGUAUUGCCCGGUGAUGAUCCCAUCUUUUAUCAUCAUCAUACGCAUUUUUACUCUUUCCAUCGAAGCUUUUUUACAAGGGCUAAACAAAUAAAGAAGAUUGAAAUCAAUGAUCUACACAGUCAGCGUGCUGUUACAACUGCAUUAUGGUGCAACUUCCUUGUCUUUUCUCUCAAGUUUGGUGUCUGGUUAGCAACCUCUAGCCAUGUUAUGUUAGCUGAAAUGGUUCAUUCGGUUGCGGAUUUUGCUAAUCAGGCGCUGCUUGCUUAUGGUCUGAGUAGUUCAAGACGUGCACCAGAUGCUAUGCAUCCAUAUGGCUAUUCCAAGGAAAGAUUUGUAUGGUCCUUGAUAUCUGCUGUUGGCAUAUUCUGUCUCGGCUCUGGUGCUACAAUUGUUCAUGGAGUUCAAAACCUGUGGACAGCACAUCCCCCGGCUAACAUUGAAUAUGCAGCUUUGGUGAUAGUUGGUUCAUUUGUAAUUGAAGGUGCUUCUCUUGUUGUUGCCAUACAAGCUGUCAAGAAAGGUGCAGCAGCAGAGGGAAUGAAGGUUAGGGAUUAUGUCUGGCGUGGCCAUGAUCCUACAUCUGUUGCAGUCAUGACAGAGGACGGUGCUGCAGUAACUGGUCUUGCUAUAGCCGCAGCAUCACUAGUUGCAGUGAAUACAACUGGGAAUGCCAUUUAUGAUCCCAUAGGCUCGAUUAUAGUUGGCAGCCUUCUUGGAAUGGUUGCAAUAUUUCUCAUCCAGCGGAACCGGCAUGCCUUGAUAGGAAGAGCAAUUGAUGAACAUGAUAUGCAGAAGGUUGUAGACGCUUUAUAUGAUUGCAAAAGUGAGGUGAUUGGGCCUGGGUUCUUUAGAUUCAAGGCAGAGAUAGAUUUCAAUGGAGUGGUGGUUGUGCAAAAUUAUCUUGAUAGAACAGGGCGUGAAGAGUGGGCAAGACAGUUUCGAGAAGCUUCCAAGGAGAAAGAUGAUUCUGCAUUGCUAAAGAUCAUGUCAAACUAUGGUGAGGAAGUAGUCACAGCCUUAGGAAGUGAAGUUGAUCGGCUGGAAAAGGAGAUCCAAGAACUUGUUCCUGGUAUUCGGCACGUAGAUAUUGAAGCCCACAAUCCCAUAGACCUAUCAUCAUGAUCCACAUUUUUAUGCGGCAAUGUUUCCACCAUUGUAUUUUUGUUUUAUAUAUCUAAUGGACAUCUAAAGGCAUGCAAUUAAAAUAUUACUUUCACAUUCAAACUACACUGAUAAUCUGGAAAUAUUUAUGGUGAGACUGUAACCUGUGACUAAGGGGGUGAAGGGGGGGAAUCAUGUUUCAGUUUUCGAGAGGAAGUGCAAUUCCUGCAUUGUCUUGUAUGAGCCGAACUUAUUAGAGGAUCAUCACUGAGCGUGCUACAGCUCCGUAAAUGAUGGAAUUUGUAAGUCCAUUUGUUUGCAGCGGAGCAGUCGAGUAUAUGUAUAUAUAUAUAUGAAUUGGGGUUGAGUACUAGUUUUAAAUUUUGUUGAAGACCCAAUAUAAUAUUUAA